CAUUUUGCAUUUCAUUUAUCUGAGUCAAUUUCAGUGUUCAGCUGUGGGGAGUUGACGGUGUCGCGGGAGUUAUUUCAUUUUUGACUUUUGGACUGUUUUCUGGGGUUUUUAGGACAGAAUUCGUGUUUUUUGUUAACAAGUGAGUGUUUUAUACCUGGAUAAAAUGACAGAAUUAUCAAAUAUGAAUCAGGAGCAAGAGCAAGUGGUGAUGACCCCCAAAGGCAAAACAGCCAAUUCGACAAUAAUCAUGAUCGAGAGGAAAUUGGUUCAAAAAACCAAUGAUAAAAUGCACGUGGCAGGUGGUGAACACACGGGGAUUAUUAUCAAUAAGGAAACUGCAGUUGAAAACGGUGAUGCCAAUGUUCCAGCAAAACUUUCCCUAGUGUUUAAAGUGUUCCUCAUAAACGCCCAAACUAAAAAGCACACGCAAGAAUCGAGAACUCUAAGGUUUUGGUUUCGACCGCCAAAGAAUUGCGAGGACGACUUAUGCGAAGAAAACCAGGCUGCAGUAGCACAAGACUUUUUUAGAGAACUAGUCACACCCAAAGAAUUUCCGAGAGAUUAUGUAGGCUUCAUAAAAAAAAUUAUGAAACUUAUGCAACACAAAUAUUCAGAAAUAAGUAAACUGGAAGUGGAAUUGAAGAUAUUAGAGGAACCCGCAGAUGUUCCCAGUAGACCACCAAAACCUGGGUACUGUCGAAUAGAUCUUACCGACACAUAUUCUUCGCUUCUUAAAUCAGUAUCGGCAGAGGAGAAUAGCUUAGGAAACGUCCAGAUCCUUACCAGAGAAAAGGUGCUAGAGAUUAUCGAGUCUGCUUACCCCAACCCUGUGACUAUACAAGAUAUUGCCAAAACGAACAAUUGGGAUGAAAAAGAAGUCGCUCACCACUUCACCGAUCUCCAGUCCAGAGAACUGGUUAAAGCGAUGGAGCAUGGCGCCUUUACACGUCAGCAAAGUCAAGACGCUCGAGUCACCAUCGUUAAACAAAUGCCCACGAUGGCGAGUUCAAAACAACCCACCAUAGCUAUCAUCACUGCCCAGUAUUGUGAAAAAUUGGCGGUGGAUGCCAUGAUCGAAAAUAAAGAGACUUUUGUUAGAUAUACCACUGUUGGUCCUUCGACCCCCACAAGUCAAUACAGCGGAACUAGAUUCGGCGAAUCUAACGUUUACACUUUGGGAAAUAUCGGGGCUCACAGAAUAGUCUGUACCAAACUGCCUACGGUAGGACAUACUAGAGAAGCCAUGACAGCCGCAGGAAAUACCACCACUCGCCUUCUAGGAACAUUCCAGAAAGUUGAUUUCGUAUUCUUAGUGGGAGUAGGAGGCGGUGUACCGCAUUAUACCGACUAUAAUAAGCAUGUACGGUUGGGAGAUGUGGUGGUCUCUUGUCCCAUAAAGAAAAAGAGUAUCUACUUAUACUGUGAAAAUGCAGUGGUAUCAGAGAAGGGUUGCCAGUUUGAAAUUAAAAAUUACAGUCCUAAUAAUUUCUGUCUGCAAGACAUAUCGACGCAGUUGAAGGUUUCGGCAGAUCAAGACUCUGCAACGACCCCUCCAUGGGUCAAAUAUUUGAACGAAGGAUUAAGCAUCUUAUCGUCCCAAAAAGAACCCGACUUUCGGGCACCGCAUGCCGAUACGGACAAACUUUACAUGAGCAUAGGAGAACGGGAUCUCAUCGAAGUUGCUCAUCCGGUGCCGCAAGAUGGCAGCAUUAAAAGGCAAGAAGGCAGUCCGAGAAUCCAUUUGGCACCGGUGGCCUCCGGCAGACAAGUGGUGAAAGACGACCGACUCAGGCAGCAAUUCGCCACCCAAGUCGGCGCGUUGGCGUUCGACUGUGAAUUCGACGCCGUGAUUGAAUCGAUUUUAGGAAACUGCAAGGACAGUUUUGUGUGUAUAAGAGGUAUCUCAGAUUACAAAGACGGCACAAGAAGGAAAGAAUGGCAGCCCUACGCCUCCCUGGCAGCCGCGAGCGUAAUGAAAAGCAUCAUUUGUGGCAUGGAAGCACCCACCAACGUUUAAAUUUUCGGUUUUACGUCAUAACUUUUAAUGAUUUAUCAAUUUCUCGUUUUAUGACCAGAUUCGACAAAUAGUAAAUUUAAAACGUAGCAACGAAGGAUAAGUAGAUGAAGUUUUAAUACCCGUUAAACGAAUUUACGGUGAGACCUAAAUAAGACCUAAACGUUCAUAUUACUGCCAAAAUAGCUCAAUGAUGUACGUAGUUUACAAUAGGCAACAAUUUGUGGAUUAUAGUUUUCAAGUUCUUUUUUGACAAAUCAACUAAUACAAGAAUUAUUUUAAAAAACUGACUAAUAUAUAGGUUGGUUCCACAAAGAACCACCCUCUAUAUAAUAUAUAACAUUCCAAAUUUUAACUUCUACUCGCCUAAAUUAAUUUAUUUUUUAAUAUUCAUCAAACGAACCUAAUAAUAUCACUGAAUAAUCGUUAAUUGACCAAUGAAUCAAAUAAUGCAUUUAAGUAGUUUAGGUGAGGAUAUCUUGGGUACAAAAAAUGUUUCUGCGGUUUUAAGAGUUUAUAUGAAAGUUACCAUAGUUAGUAAACGUUUAAAAUGUAUAUGUGGCGCGUUUAAUACCCCUAAGGGGACUUUUUAGGCCGUUUUGUGGUAUUUUAAGCACUACAUGAGUAUUUUAAGACUGUGUCAUAUAGGUUAAGCACUAUAUCGCGUUUGUAUAUUUAUUUUCCACGACCAAUUUAAAAUGGCACAAUACUUUUUAUGAUUAUGUACACUUUUUAUUUGCAUAUAUUAGUGAUUUUAACUUGCCAUGACAUGGUGAUUUCUUGAGGAAGCCUAUAGCUGUGCUGUGUGUUUUUUUAUUAUUUCUCUAUUUAUGUAUACAUUUCAAAGAGUAAUAUAUUAUUUUUUUUUGAUAAUUUUGAAUAAAUUAGUUUAAAACUAAA